AUGGGUAUCAACAACCCUAUCCCGUCGUCUAUGGCGUCGGAAUGCAAGAAAUGUGGCAAGAUUCUUACUUCUUUCAUCGAUCCCCGCCAAGCGUUUGGCCCCGACAAGAUAAUUCCUCCGUCGGUCCUAGCGAAUGCCAAAGGCCUUGCGAUCCUUACUGUCAUCAAAGCCGGCUUCCUCGGAUCUGCACGAUUUGGUUCUGGGCUUGUCGUCGCCCGCUUGCCUGACGGUACGUGGUCUGCGCCGUCGGCUAUCAUGACCGCGGGUGGUGGCUUCGGUGGCCAGAUCGGGUUCGAACUAACCGAUUUCGUCUUCAUUCUCAACGAUUCCCACGCCGUUAAAACAUUCUCCCAGCAAGGUUCCAUUACAUUAGGUGGAAAUGUCUCUAUAGCGGCAGGACCGGUAGGCAGAAACGCAGAGGCUGCCGGUGCCGCAUCUCUUAGGAGUGUAGCGGGUGUGUUCAGUUAUAGCAAGACGAAAGGUCUAUUUGCUGGAGUAUCUUUAGAGGGCUCGGCGAUUGUAGAACGACGAGACGCGAACGAAAAGUUAUACGGUCAGCGCUGGACAGCAGCACAACUCCUCACAGGUUCCGUACGAUCGCCACCGCAAGCCGCGCCGUUAAUGUCCGUCCUCAAUUCCAGAAUAUUUGCAGGUGUGCGCCAAGGUACCAUGGACGAUUCCAUGUACAAUGACGUCCCGGUUUAUGAAGAUCGCCAUGAUGACGUAGUAUGGAACGGCCAACGAGGGAGUGCUUACGGCGAACCUCAGCAAAACAAUGGUCAGGAUGAGUUCGGUGCGCCGAGACGCGCAAAUACAUGGCAAGACGACGUAUACGAUCGACCGGCCGCUGGUGGUAGCCUCGCUAGAUCCGGCACCGUGAACAAUCGAGCCUCGGCCCCUGUAGGUGGUUACCCAGAAGGAGGGCGAGCCGGUCCCGGUAGACCCGCGGCACCGAAACCGAACUUCGCAAGUAAGCAGGCGUUAAUGAAGAAGAAUGAGGCCGUUGCGUUAUACAACUUCGACCCGGACCAGCCGGGCGAUUUGGGGUUUAAAAAGGGCGAUGUUAUCACAGUGUUAAAAAAGACGGAUAGUGCUAAUGAUUGGUGGACUGGCAUGAUCGGCUCAAAACAUGGCAUAUUCCCCAGCAAUUACGUCAAGAUGAAGGAAUGA